AUGUAUCGGUGUGUACCGGAGUUGUGUGUAUGUCCGUGUGUCCGUGUGUCCGUGUGUCUGUGUGUCCGUGUGUAUGAAAGAGAGCGAGACGGGACAGCAAGGGUUUGUCCCUGUGAUGUCUUGAGCGCAAACCGUGACGAUGAGGAAACGAUGAGCCGACCCCUUCGACCCUUCUGGAACGAUCCGACAAGACUCGGAUCUGAUCCGCGUGGGGCUCGCAGCGCGAUUGGGGCAAAAUGGGAUCGAGUCAGCGACCUUCGGCAGGCUUGA